AAAGCAGGUGUGCGUUAGUCGGCCCUCCCUUAUCCUCCUUUACAAUGGGAGAUGAGAGCAGCCAUCUCAUUUGCUGAUCAGAUCACGGACAGAUUAUCAGCCUAAAUGAGCAUUAGAAGAAGUCGAGCUCUGGGGAGUCCAUGUUCUGAACAUGUAGCGUGGUGAAGAACUGGCGGGAAAAGAAGCAAGCAGGCAACUAUUCUUGGUGCACUUUAUUCCAAACUUUUUGGUUGCUUUUAUUGACUUGUUAGACUUAAUCUGACCAAUACACAGGGCAGUGCAGUAGAGCUGAUAUCACGACUGUAACUUCAACCAGAAGAUAGGGUUCUCUGCUUGCACUGACCCUGAAACGGGAUCAGUCAGAAUGACUUUUAAGGGAUACUCCAUCUCUUUCUCUGACUGAACGUGUUGUUAGACCUAUUUUUGACUCUCUUAGUCAGUGCCAGCAUGUAUGUGCUGUGCACACUGGUGUUGCUGUCUCUCCACAACCUGUUUAAGAGACCCAAGGUCCAGGAACCCUCUGAACCCAAAGCUAUCGAGGGUCCCGAGCAACAAAAACCAGAUGUAACCAAACUGGAUCGCAUAAAGAAGAACAAGCACCACUUGAGUGAAGGUUCUGGACCACUAGAAACAUCAAGAGUGUCUAGAGAGCAUGACUUUGAAAGAUGCUUGGAUGGACCCAGCAGAGCAAGUAAAAGAAGAUCUGUGCACCUGGAUAAUGUGCAUGAGAGGAGAGAGAUUGCACAGCCGGUCCAGCGGUGUGGUCUGCUCGGCCCUGCGGUCAUGUACGGCACACGAAAGACCUGGGACGUCGGCCACACCCCCUGUCUACAGGAGCUCUGGAACAAAGACCUCUCAUUGGACGUUUCAGCGAGUUCCCUGGAUAUCCUAAUGAGUGAUGGUGAGGAGGAGAGCUCCUUCCUCUCGUUGCCCAACUCUGUCCUUCAGCGCCACUGUUUGACCUCUGACCUCUCUGAAACCUCCACCUCAGAACAGCAGCAGCUGCUCAUACAGAAGGUUACUUUGUCCUGCUCCUGGACGUCUGCCUACACGCUGCAGGAGAGAGUUUGUGAGUUCCAGGCACGUUUGCGCAGCGAGGACGCCACAAAAAGACUCCUGCUACAGCAACUGCAGACACACGACCACCAGUUCAACCAACACAACCACCAGAACGAGAAACAUUCAUCCAUUAACCAAGAACAUCAAGAGCAGCUCAGACUGCAGGACGGCCAGCUCAACCAAGCUGAGUCACCUACAGGUGUGAGGAGCUCUAGUGUUUUGACACAGAGGCCUGUGGAUUUUCCCAGCGCUGUACAAGUGAGUAAAGUUCACUCACAGGAGCAACUGCAAAAAGACACGGGAGAUCAACUCGCUCUCAUUACAGGGCUGCGCACACAGGUCAAGGAGCUGGAGGAGAAACUAGCGGAUCAGACGCAGGAGGUGGAGAGACUGCGCUCCGAGCUGGGGGCGACAGAUCUGGAGAAACAGCUGGAGGUGCUGGAGAGUGAGAACCAGCGGCUCAAACAGGAGCUGAGGGCCAGUCAGACCCAGUCCAGCUGCUCUGCUGGACACUGCCCACACAGACAGGAUGUGGAGGUCCUGCGUGGAGAGCUGUGUCGUAAGGACGAGGAGUGCUGCGAGCGAGAGCGGCGUCUGGCUGCGCUGGAGCAGCAGGUGCAGGAGAGGACGGGUGCAGUGGUUCAGCUGCAGCAGCGGCUGGAGGAGACGGCGCAGCACAGACAGGAGCUCCAGCAGCAGCUGGAAGAAGCAUCACGUCUCAGGAGCCAGAGCGAGGAGCAGCUGACCUCACGGCUUCAGGACGCUGAGGAGGCUCUGUCUCGCCAGGCUGCUCUGACACCACAGGUCAAGUAUGUGACCAAGACGGUUGAAGUGGAGUCGGCUCAGUGUAAGCAGGCUUUAAUGGAGGCUCAGGGUCGUAAUCAUGCUCUGCAGGAGCAGCUGAGUGUCCAGAGACAGCUCCUCAGAGAGCUGGAGCAGCAGCUGCACGAGUCUCAGAGAAGCAGCACUCAGCUCCGCCAGCAGAUCCUGGUGUAUGAGGGUGAGAUGGAGAGAGCUCAGGGUCAGCUGGAGGCAGAGAUGCAGAGUCUGGAGGAGGAGAAGAACAGAGUGAUCGAGGAAGCUUUCAUCAGAGCAGAGAGCGAGAUGAAGGCCGUCCACGAGAACCUAGCAGGUGUGCGGAUGAACCUCCUGACGCUGCAGCCGGCCCUGAGAACCCUCACCUGUGAUUACAACUGUCUGAAGAGACAGGUGCAGGACUUCCCUUACAUGCUGGAGAAAGCCAUCACCGAGGCCAAGCAGGAGAUCUGUCAGGUGAUUGGAGAGGUGAGCAGUGCAAACCAAGAGCUGCUGCGCAAAUACAAGCGGGAGAUGAACCUGAGGAAGAAAUGCCACAAUGAACUGGUGCGCCUCAAAGGAAACAUCCGUGUGUUGUGCAGAGUACGUCCCAUUUGUGCUGGAGAAACAAAUGCUGCUGACGCCAAAAACAUAGUGACCUUUGACCCUGACGAUGAUGCUGUUCUCUACUUGUCUAAUAAGGGCAAGCUCAUGACCUUUGAACUUGACAAAGUCUUUCCCACUCAGUCCACUCAGGAGGAGGUGUUCCAGGAAGUGCAGUCUCUGGUCACUUCCUGUAUUGAUGGCUUUAACGUAUGCAUCUUUGCCUAUGGGCAGACUGGCUCUGGGAAGACCUAUACCAUGGAGGGUGUCCCUGAAGACCCUGGCAUUAACCAGCGUGCUCUGCGGCUGCUCUUCUCUGAAGUGUCGGAGAAAAAGCCUGACUGGGACUAUAAGAUCACCGUCAGCAUGGUGGAAAUCUACAAUGAGACCCUUCGGAACCUGUUGGGCGACAAUCCCAGUGAGAAGCUGGAUAUAAAGAUGUGUCCAGAUGGCAGUGGACAGCUGUACGUGCCAGGACUCACAGAGUUCACCGUGGAGAGCGUGGAGGACAUUAACAAGGUGUUUGACCUGGGUCACAUGAACAGGGCGACAGCGUGCACUAAUCUGAACGAGCACAGCUCUCGCUCUCAUGCCCUCCUGAUCAUCACGGUGGCAGGGUUCAACUCUUCCACGGGCCACCGCACCUCAGGUAAACUCAAUCUGGUGGAUCUGGCUGGUUCCGAGCGGAUUGCCAAAUCUGGCGCCGAAGGCAGCCGUCUGCGUGAGGCUCAGUGCAUUAACAAAUCACUGUCUGCGCUGGGUGACGUCAUCAACGCCCUGCGCUCCAAACACUCGCACGUGCCCUUCAGGAACUCGCGUCUCACCUACCUGCUGCAGGACUCGCUCAGCGGAGACAGCAAGACCCUCAUGAUGGUGCAGGUGUCUCCUCUAGAGAGUAACAUCAGUGAGUCGGUUUGCUCUCUGAAGUUCGCUCAGCGUGUUCGGACUGUUGAGAUCGGACCCUCGUCUUCCUCGCGCCGCCAAGCAGAGACCUCCUCAACAUCCUCCUCUCCAACUCAUGACAGCGUGGAGCUGGACUCUCCUCCCGUGACCCCCGUGCCGCUCCCCAUCUCAAGGGCCAGCAGCGCAGGUUCAACCCUCUCCUCCACCUCUAAAACCCCCACAACCCGCCGGAGGUCCCACAGUCAGCUGUCCACAGAUAGACAGGUAGACAGAAGCAGCCCAUUGGUUGGGGACGGUGGGCAGGUAGGUGAGGUUUUAUGUGGUUGGUCGCUUGGCAUGAACCGCUCAGCAUGGCAUGGUGCCCCACAUGUCACCUCGUCAACGGCCACCCAUCUAACACUAACGCCUUUAACCCCAGGAAGCUUUGUGUGUGAAAGAGUGCGUGUGUAAAAAGUUGAGCUCAGCUGCUGUUUUGUUGUUGUGUCUUUUUAGUUUUGUUUGGCCUUGUACAAGCUUACUGUAUUUGUCCAGUUGAGUUAUAUCUGUUGUCUUGUGAUUUUUGCAACUGUGCACUGUGUUCACUGUUUGUCUGUGUUAGGUGUGUGUGUGAGAGCGAGUGAGUGGUGAAAAUAAUUUUAAUGUUUAAUGUCUUCACCUACAGCUCUGCUUUUGAUUGGCUGGGCUGCACUGUGAUGGUGACGGAGUAAUGUUUAUUUUUGUGACAAAUGUUAUUUCACUGUUGUCAUGUGAUGGUAAAUGAGUUCAAUACUGAUUGCAGUAGCUCUGUUCUGAAAUCUAGUGAGCGUGCGCACACGAUUGAUUUUGACCCAUACAGUGUUUUUUUGGCUAUUGCUAAAAAUAUAUACCACAGUGACUUAAGGUUUUGUGGUCUAGAGUCACAUAUUUAUUUUGUACAUCAUUUGCAACUGCUUUUUAUCACUUAAUUAGAAGCACCGAAAUUAAAGUCUCAUCAGGUAAUGAAAAGUUGUACACACACUUGUGGUCUUCAUCCUCACUUGAACACCUGGGAUAAAUACAGGAAAUAUGUCAUAUAAGUAGUAUAGAUGUGCCGGUAUUCGGUAAUGUGAUAUAUCACGAUAAUGAUAUAUGAUAAAUUGUCUUUAUCUUUCUUUUGCACUUUAAUCCAUGUAAAACGUUUAACUUUAUAUAUUUUUCUGUAUUGCGUUAUUGCAUAGUUUUUUUUUUGUAAUCAGAAAAAGUUAUUAAAACUGUUAUACUGUAUUCUGAUCACUUUUUUUUACAAAAUUUCAGUAACAUAUACCGUGAUAAAAGCAUUAGCAAUUAAUCGCAACAGGAAAAUUUGACACCGGCAUAUUCCUAAUAAGUAGUUAAGUGAUCAAGUGCAAAGACCGCAAGUUUGGGAAUCAGCUCACUCUGCAGCCAUAUUUGCAAUGCCUGUUGGGUAUCCAAGAGCAAAGUCCAUCUACUUAAAUAAGGAAUUCCUGAAAUCCCAAAAACUGCUUGCCACACUCAAAUUUAAAUAUUUCAAAUCCGCAACAAAACUGAACUGCCCCAUUAAUGUUGUUUCUUAUGCUGUGAAACUGGAGGUUUUCAUGGAGAGUAAUACAGAAGCAAGUUCAUUUUGCGUUAAGUGGAAACUUUUCAGAAUGCUUAUGAUGAGGUCAGAAUUACCAGUAUGUUCUCACAAAAUGUAUAUAAUUAUCUACAUAAAUACAUAAUGCAACUGUAUUCUAUAACUCAAACAUUCGUGUUUGAACCGACACCAACAUGAAUGUUCAGGAUGAAAACUCGGUCGGCUUUUCGCUUGUGAUUUUUGUUUUCAGACCGAUGCAGUUUCACUCUCUGACAGUAGGUGGUGUUUAUAGGACAGUAGAAAUACAGCGUUAAACAAAACAGAGCUCGGCUCCAGAUUCUUCCGCUGCCAUUCACGAUCGCGUAAUACAUGCAUAUGUAUAUGUAAGUAGGGCUGUGCAAAAGAUCUAAUGUGAUUUUCAUGCGCAUCUUGUCAGUAAAGGCGCUCCUGUGAUUAGUAGUAUAUCUCCAGCACGUGCGUUUACUGAUGAGAUGCACAUGAAAAUCACAUUUGAUUUUUUGCACAGCCCUAUAUGUCAGUGCCAACAGUUUUCAUUUUGUCUAACAACAUCAGCUCUGUGCAUGUGAGCAAAUCCGCAAAUCUUAUUGGUUGGCCAAUUCUUUUCAGUGCAAUAGAAAAUAGAUUAGAAUACAUCACAGUUUAAAAGAAAGUCGAAAUAACUGCAUGCCCUUGUCUGAAUGGAUACAAUAACAUUAAUUCAAACUGUGUUUAUCGCACCGAAUGUGAACACCAAAACGUGUUUUUAUCUGGCAGCAUAAUUAGGUUGUGUUUGUGUAGAAAUGAUCUGUCUAUGAUGCCAUAAUGUAUGCAGCUUACUUGGUUUCUCAGCAGAGCGAGUGUUUCUCGUGAAGAAUGAGGAACAAAAUGACUAACUAAACCCCCGUUAUCCGAACCGUAAGACGAGCUUUUCUAGACUUCAAAACAUGGUUAAAAAUAGUGUGCAGAAGUUGCAGUAAGAUAGUAUGUGAAAUAUAAAAUAUGGAUUCUUCUUCUGUUGUUGUUCAGUUUUGUGGUUUUCAUUGCAACAACAUGCUUUAAGUCCAGCACUUCCUGUAAACUGGAAAAGCUUCAUGAAUUAGUCAUGAUUGUGUAUUUAUCACAUUUUUCUCUUCGUUUAUAGGACGAAUGAAGUUGACAGCGUGAGGAACUCCUCCAAAGAGGGUCCAUCCUCCAGACCUCUCGAGCAAUCAGCUCCUUCUUGAACGAACCAAUGAAAGACCUUGCUUGCUGCAGGGGAGGAGCUUAACCGGCAAAUUAGGGUUGAUGUUGGGAACUAUACUGACUGAAGCGAUGUUCCAUUUGAUCGGAACAACUAAUGUAAUUUUACAUGAUUGAAAACGAUUAACACUCCCACUGACCUCUCGACAACACCUGCUGCCUCAGGAUGAGAAGACCCUUCUGAUAAGGCAAAGUAUUUCUGGGCAAUAACGCACUUUAGUCUAGUCUAGGCUGUCAUUUGUAAUGUUGAUGUUACGUAAAUGCAAUUUGAUUUCUAGAUGCUUGAAUGUACGUGUAUGUAUAUAUUCGUGUGUCUGAGCAAGAUUUUACAUUUUAUUCCUUGAUCUUGAAGAGAUCUUGCUUUUCUUUUUCUUUUUUUUCUUCAAGAACAAGUAACACCCUAUAAGCUUUGAAGAUUUCUGUGUUUCAUAGUGACAAUAAGAAAUAAUGCAAAUGUUCAAAUCUCAGUAGCAUUGUGUUUUUGUAUAUAGAAACUUGAAGGCCGUUGAAAGCCCGGACCGUCUUCCUGAUCCAUGCAUGCGUUCAGUGCUCAUUCAUUUUAGGACAAUCAUUAACAGUUUUUGUGCAGUGAAGUCAAACCAUGACGGUAUACAGUGUUUGCUAAACAGAACGAGGACUAGAUCUGUAUAUAGAGGUGCAUUCCAUGCGACCCCGGACCAUGUGAUCUGGAACGGUUUCUGGGGUCUUGCUUGCUUGUGUUCACAUUGGUGUACGUUUGUAUGCAGUUUUGUUUUUGUACACGGUUUUUAAUAAAUGCUCCAAACCAAAUUUUGGGA